GGAGCUCGCGCGUCACGGGCUGCGCGCGGGCCCCGCGGCCGCGGGCGGUGACGUCUCGGCAGCGAUGGCGCCCACGGGGCCGCCCGAUCCCCAGAAAAGUGUGGAAGAUGAAAUCGAAUCCAUUCUGCAGGAGCGAAUAAUGGUUUUGGAUGGAGGCAUGGGGACCAUGAUUCAGCAACGUGCCCUGUCAGAAGAGGAUUUCCGAGGGCAUGAAUUUAAAGAUCAUUCCAAGCCUUUAAAAGGCAAUAAUGACCUUCUUAGUAUAACUCAACCUGAUAUAAUCUGUGACAUACACAAGGAAUACUUGCUGUCAGGCGCUGACAUCAUUGAAACUAACACUUUCAGCAGCACCAGAGUUGCACAGGCUGACUAUGGCCUUGAGUAUUUGGCAUAUCGGUUAAACAGAGUCUCUGCACAGGUAGCCAGAAAAGCAGCGGACACUGUAACUUCUCAGACAGGAAUUAGGAGAUAUGUUGCUGGAGCCAUGGGUCCAACAAACAGGACACUCUCCGUGUCACCAUCUGUGGAGAGACCAGAUUACAGGAACAUAACUUUUGAUGAACUGGUGGAAGCCUAUAAGGAACAAGCCAAAGGACUUUUGGAUGGAGGAGUUGAUAUCUUGUUAGUGGAAACCAUAUUUGAUACUGCCAAUGCUAAGGCAGCUCUUUUUGCACUCCAGAUCUUGUUUCAAGAAGAAUAUGCUCCCCGACCCAUAUUUGUUUCUGGAACCAUUGUGGAUAAGAGUGGGCGUACCCUCUCAGGCCAAACAGGGGAGGCAUUUGUCAUUAGUGUUUCCCACAGUAAACCACUUUGUAUUGGCUUAAAUUGUGCUUUAGGGGCAGUUGAAAUGCGUCCAUUCAUUGAAACAAUUGGAAAAUGUACCACAGCCUACAUCAUCUGUUACCCCAACGCAGGUCUCCCCAAUACUUUUGGUGGUUAUGAUGAAACUCCAGAAGUGACUGCCAAGCAUAUAAAGACUUUUGCUUUGGAUGGUUUGGUCAACAUAGUUGGAGGUUGCUGUGGUACUACACCAGCACAUAUCAGGAAAAUUGCUGAAGCUGUGAAAUUCUGUAAGCCUCGUGUUCCACCUUCUCUCUCUCAAGGAUGCAUGCUGCUGUCAGGUCUGGAGCCAUUCAGGAUUGGGCCAUACACCAACUUUGUUAAUAUUGGCGAACGCUGCAAUGUUGCAGGAUCACGGAAGUUUGCUAAACUCAUCAUGGCAGGCAACUAUGAAGAAGCCCUAGGUGUAGCCAAAAUGCAAGUUGAGAUGGGGGCCCAGAUUCUUGACAUCAAUAUGGAUGAUGGGAUGCUGGAUGGCCCUGCUGCAAUGACCAGAUUUUGUAACUUGAUUUCUUCAGAACCUGAUAUUGCAAAGGUGCCGUUAUGCAUUGACUCCUCGAAUUUUUCAGUGAUUGAAGCAGGUUUGAAGUGUUGCCAAGGGAAAUGCAUUGUAAAUAGCAUCAGCCUGAAGGAAGGUGAGGAAGACUUUUUGGAGAAAGCAAGGAAAAUUAAAUUAUAUGGAGCAGCUGUGGUUGUUAUGGCUUUUGAUGAAGUGGGACAGGCAACAGAAACAGAAACCAAGAUUGCAAUCUGUUCCAGAGCUUAUCAUCUCCUUGUGGAAAAAGUGCACUUCAAUCCAAAUGAUAUAAUAUUUGACCCUAAUAUCUUGACUAUAGGAACUGGAAUGGAAGAACAUAACCUUUAUGCCAUAAAUUUCAUCAAUGCUACUAAAACCAUAAAAGAAACACUGCCAGGAGCCAGGAUAAGUGGAGGUCUUUCCAAUCUGUCUUUCUCCUUUCGUGGAAUGGAUGCCAUUCGAGAAGCAAUGCAUGGAGUGUUCCUUUACCACGCAAUUAAGUAUGGCAUGGACAUGGGAAUUGUGAAUGCUGGGAAUCUGCCGGUGUAUGAUGAUAUCCACAAGGAAUUACUACAACUGUGUGAGAAUCUAAUCUGGAACAAAGAUCCUGAUGCAACAGAGAAACUUUUACAUUAUGCUCAGAAUCAUGCCCAAGGAGGAAAGAAAGUUGUACAGACUGAUGAGUGGCGUAAAAGCUCUGUGGAGGAAAGGCUGGAAUACGCUCUCAUAAAGGGCAUUGAGAAGUAUGUCACUGCAGAUACAGAAGAAGCAAGAUUAAAUCAGGAAAAAUAUCCUAGACCUCUAAACGUAAUUGAAGGACCUUUGAUGAAUGGCAUGAAAAUUGUUGGUGAUCUUUUUGGUGCGGGGAAGAUGUUUCUGCCUCAGGUGAUAAAGUCUGCUCGAGUUAUGAAGAAAGCAGUUGGCCACCUUAUUCCCUAUAUGGAAAAAGAAAGAGAGGAAAGGAGAGCCAAACGAGGCAGCAUAGAGGAAGAGGAUCCUUAUCAGGGUACAAUAGUAUUAGCAACUGUGAAAGGAGACGUACAUGACAUUGGCAAGAACAUUGUGGGAGUUGUUCUGGGCUGCAACAACUUCAGAGUUAUUGAUUUAGGAGUCAUGACUCCAUGUGAUAAGAUAUUGAGAGCUGCUGUUGAGAACAAAGCAGAUAUAAUUGGCCUGUCUGGUCUCAUCACCCCAUCUUUGGAUGAGAUGAUUUUUGUCGCUAAGGAAAUGGAGAGAUUGGCAAUAAAGAUUCCUUUGCUGAUUGGAGGAGCAACUACUUCUAAAACACACACAGCUGUUAAAAUUGCCCCACGGUAUAGCGCACCUGUAAUUCAUGUCCUGGAUGCAUCCAAGAGUGUUGUGGUUUGCUCCCAGCUCUUAGACAAUAGUGUAAAGGAUGAUUUCUUUGAAGAAAUAUUAGAGGAAUAUGAAGAAAUUAGACAAGAACAUUAUGAGUCUCUCAAGGAAAGAAGAUACUUGUCUCUACAGCAAGCUAGAAGAAAAGGUUUCCAUAAUGACUGGUUAUCAGGCCAUAAACCGGUUAAACCAAAAUUCAUCGGCACAAAAGUCUUUGAAGAUUAUGACCUGAAGAGGCUGGUAGAAUACAUUGACUGGAAGCCCUUCUUUGAUGUCUGGCAGCUUAGGGGAAAAUAUCCCAACCGGAGUUUUCCUAAGAUCUUUAGUGAUAAAACUGUGGGUGAAGAAGCAAGGAGAGUUUAUAACGAUGCGCAAGAUCUACUGAAAACAUUGAUUAAUCAAAAGAAAUUACAAGCCAGAGGUGUGGUUGGGUUCUGGCCAGCUCGAAGUGUUCAGGAUGAUAUCCACUUAUAUGCUGUGGAAGAGGCAGUGGGAUCUUCAGAACCAAUAGCAAAAUUUUAUGGCUUGAGGCAACAGGCUGAAAAAGACUCUGCCUGCACAGAUCCAUAUUACUGCCUCUCUGACUUCAUAGCACCAAUGGAUUCUGGCAUUCGUGACUACUUAGGCCUGUUUGCUGUGGCCUGCUUUGGUGUAGAUGAGUUAUGCAAUGAAUUUAGGAAACAGGAUGAUGAAUACAACAUCAUAAUGGUAAAGGCUCUCGGCGAUCGGUUGGCAGAGGCAUUUGCUGAGGAGCUCCAUGAAAGGGUUCGAAGGGAAUUCUGGGCUUACAGUAGUACUGAGCAGCUCAAUCUCUCUGACCUACGCAGAAUUAAAUAUGAGGGAAUUCGCCCUGCCCCUGGAUAUCCAAGCCAGCCUGACCAUACAGAAAAACUCACCAUGUGGAAACUUGCAAACAUUGAGGAAACAACAGGAAUUGGUUUAACAGAAUCACUAGCAAUGGUACCUGCUUCUGCAGUUUCUGGCCUCUACUUUUCCAGUCCCAAUUCCAAAUAUUUUGCUGUUGGAAAGAUAUGUAAAGAUCAGGUUGAAGAUUAUGCACUGAGAAAAAAAUUGUCAGUUGCGGAAGUGGAGAAAUGGCUUGGACCCGUUUUGGGAUAUGAUACUGAACAACUCUGAUACUUGUGGGUGAACUUUUUUUUUGUGAUGGUCCAUUUGCCAGAAGGAACAAGAAAAGACUUCCCACUGAAAACAGCUUUCUUCCAUCCAUCCAUCCAUCCAUCCCAAUAGCUUGUCUGAUUAUUUUAAAUUUUUGAUCAAGGAACUUAAUAUUUCAAAUCAAAUCUGCUCUGUGCCCUUGGCUUGAGACCAUGAAUGCAUUUUAGCUCUCUCACUUGUAGCAGCAUACUUUUAUUUAUUUUUAUUUUUUUGCACAAAGUAGAGAAGCUACGUGUAGGGUGGAAUGUGGAAAAUGCAAAGCUCUCCUGUCCAUGGGAGAAGGAGAAAUCAGAAGCAAGAAUUUCUAUCCCAUUGACUGUGGAUAUACGUAGAACAGAAUUUGACUUGUGUUAUCUUAAUGUGUUUGGCAAGUCCAGGGACAGAAAUAUGAUGUGAUUUUUCUGUAAAGUCACAAAAGGUUUUAUACUGACUGAUGAGGAGCAAUUGAAGUACAACAGAUCUCCUUUUUUAAAAUCUGUCUGCUCCGUGUUUAGGUCUUGUGAUUGGGAACAUAGGUUGUUCUCGAUGGUGUUUAGAAUAAUACAAUGUGCUGGAUCAAUAUCAGAGGUGCUGUACUGGGAAAUGGGAUGACUGAGCCCAUGGAGUUGUCUGCUUCAUGCUUCCUCUUCCUUUCAGCAAGUCACAAUCUGUUUCUACUCUGCAUAAAGGGUACUGGCGCUUCCUACCUUCGAGUUACGUUGUGAGGCUUAAUUCAUACGUAAACAAUCAUUUGUAUGUGAAAAAUAUGAGAAGCAUACUUGUUACUAUAGACAGACAGAAAGCUUGGAGCUGACUUCAGUGUUUUACAAACUCUUUAACCUUCCAGAUACCUGGAUUUUAAAAGCAACUAGUAGUAAUACUGUCAUAUAUAACAGUUAAUAUCAGGGACAUAUUCUUCAGAUUCAACUCUCAGUGAUCUAAUUGUUCAUAGCUUUUAAUAAUCUCUGAAAAGUGCCUCAAGUAUUAUUUAAAUACUAAUUUAGUAAAAUAUUGUGAAAGAAACCCCUCAUUUUUUCUGGUCUCUAAUUGUAAAUAAAAGACCAAUCUUGUAAAGAGAAUGUUCUUUUUAAUAGUUUAUUGCAAUCUAUGAAUAGCUAUAUAAUUUUUGUAAUGUCUUCAUCUGACUUUAUGCUAGAAGAAUCAUCUUGUAUCAACAGUUUAAUAAAGGUUAAGCUGUCA